AUGGCAACAACCAAAUCAAUUUUAUUGAAACUAUUUCAAGUUGUAUUAUUCACAUUUGCAAUUAUAAUUUAUCUCGAAGUUAUAGGUAAAAAGGAUAAUGAAUCUCAAGACGAAAGAACUGAAAGAAAGAAAAACGAAUUUUAUAAAUGGUUUGCAGGUAUUAUAUUGUUUUCAAUUGCAUGGUCCAUUGGCACAUUCAAAGUAUUAUCCAAUAUUUUAUUAAGCUUCUUUGUAGUGGAAUCAAUCCAACAAUUUAUUCAACAUCUUCCAGCUGAAUACUACGAACAAUUCAAAGAGAUUAUUUCAAAUUUACUCAUUCCAUUUGCCGGAGAAAACUUUACCAAAGAGAUUGUCGGUGUCCAAUGUUUACUCAUUUUAUUUUUUUCAUUCCUUGGAUUCAACAUUUAUUUAGCUGAUAAAUUUUGGUUACUCAAAACAAUUAUUAUCGAUUGGGUUCUUACUUUAAUUCUUAUGGUAGCAUUUUCAAUUACUGAUCUCCUCAAUCAACAAACUAGAGUAUUUUUAGUACUUUCCUAUAUCUUUGGUUCAAAUAUUAUUGGUUUUGGUACAAUUAAGCUUUUAGAGUAUUUUUGGAAUUUAGCUUCAAAAUUAGAUUCAACCAUUAUAAUUAAAAAUAACAAUAAUAUCAUUAAAUCAUCAACAACAAGCAAAUCUAACUCAAAUCAAAAAUCAAAAAAUUUAGAUGACAGCAUUGAAUUUGAUACCGAUAAUCAUUACAAUAACACUGGUAGUACCACUACUGCACAAGAUGAAGAACCAAUUUAUCAAGUAGAAGAAUCAGUUGAAACAGUAGAAAAAGUUUUAAUUGAAGAAAAUGGCCAAUUAAUUGAAGAAGAAAUUAAAAUAGAUAAUAUCGACUAUACCAAACUUACUGAAUCUGAAUUAGAUGCCAUACUCUCUGAACCAAUUCAAGAAAGUCAAGUCUCUACUAGAAAUUUAGUUUACCAUAAAUCAACAAAAUUCAUCAAUAAUCUCAUGGCUCCUGAAAACAUUAAUCAACGUAUCAGUGCUAAAGAAUUUGUUGGCGUUAUCAUUCUUUGGGUCUAUGCAAUGUCAAAUUUAAUCAUUGAAAACUAUUCAAUUUUUACAACUGCUAAUAUUUUAGUAUUCAUAGGUUUCUCUGGUACAAUUCUAUCAUAUCUUUCAACUAUCUCUGCCAAAAGAUUAACAAGUAAAAAUCCUUCCAAAAGAGAAUGUUAA